AUGCAAAGGCAGAAGCAGAUGCAAAGUCCUCCAAAGCACCGGCAUGAUGGGACUUCUCCUCUUCCUUUGGGAAUGGAUUGGAGCCCUCCUCCUAAAAAAUGGAACGGGCAGGAAACUGUUUGGCCGCAUGAUCCUCAAACGGGAUGGAGUUAUUGCGUUACCAUUCCUUCCUGGGUUAUCCGUCCGAAAUCAAAGGAUUCCGACCCCAUAGUGUUUUACAGGGUUCUGAUUGGCUUGCAAUCACCAGAAGGUUUUACGACGACUCGAUACGUGUUAAGAAGAUUUAAUGAUUUCUUGAAGUUUGUUUCUGCUCUCAAAACUGCUUUUCCCCGGAAGAGUCUACCACCGGCACCUCCAAAGGGUCUUCUUCGAAUGAAAACAAGAGCGCUGUUGGAAGAGAGACGGCGUUUGUUGGAAGAAUGGAUUACAAGAUUGCUAUCAGAUAUUGAUGUAUCAAGAAGCUUUGUUGUUGCGUCAUUUCUGGAAUUGGAAGCUGCUGCUAGGUCUUCAUUCCGAGAUGAGAAUCUGCAGUCAUCUCCAGCAAUUACUUCUCCAAAUAGUGCUUCAAUUUCCUCAUCUCAAGUGCAUCUUAAUUCAAAUUUGUCUACUCUGCCUGGUAGUUCUUCAGUGACAUCUGAUUAUGGUAGUGACACUGCAUAUGAGGCAUCUGAGGUUGGAACUGCAAGCCUUGGUCAAGAUAACAAUUCUGAGAUUGGGAUAGAGGAUUUGUCUCUAGAUGAAGAGUUGACUAGCCCAAUAGAUAAGUUUAUGAAGUAUGGCAUGUCCAAUAUUGACGAAGGCUUGUUUAUGGGACAGGCUAUACUAGAGCAACUCGAGGGUUUCCCUAGUAAACAUAAGUUGCCUGCUGGAGCUGUUCAAAAUGCCCUACGUAGUGAUAGCAAUAAUGAAAAUGGCUUCCAUGGUCGAGAAAUCUCUGCUGAGGGCUCUGAAAGUGAUGUUAGCUCUCAAAAGGGCAGUGAAUCUCCAAGUCUAGCAACGCGAAGUGUAUUUGAAAAUGGGGCUGACUUCUCAAGAACACCUGACGUUCUUGGAAACUUAGAUUUACGUCUGCCAGAUGAUGUGCAUUUGGUGCUUCCACAAGAUCAAGGCCAGAAAAUGAAUAGGGUACUUGCAACCAUGCAGAGGAGACUUGUUACUGCUAGGACUGACAUGGAGGAUCUUAUAUCCAGGUUAAAUCAGGAAAUUGCUGUGAAAGAGUAUCUCACAACCAAGGUCAAGGAUUUAGACGUGGAGCUUGAAGCUACUAAACAAAAGAGUAAAGAAAAUAUUGAGCAAGCUAUUCUAAUUGAACGAGAAAGAGUUACACAAAUGCAGUGGGAUAUGGAAGAACUUAAGCGGAAGUCACUGGAAUUGGAACUGAAAUUGAACUCCGAGCAGGGUAAUAAGGUUGAGACUAUGCAAACUAGCUUCGAGAAUAAAGAUGUACUGCAGGAGUUAGAUCUUAAAAGACAGCAGCUCGACGACUUAACAAAGCAAUAUCAAGAGCUUGAACUGAAGUCAAAAGCAGAUAUCAAAGUUCUUGUCAAAGAGGUCAAAUCUCUUAGAAGUUCUCAAGCACAGAUGAAGCAGCAGCUUAAUGAAUCGAUUGAAGGAAAAUCUGCUGUUGAGAUACUAUUGCAACAAGAAAGGCAUAAAAAUGAACGCAUGAGGGCCGCAUGUGGAAAUCUUCUGGAGAAAUGUGCAACUCUUUUUGAGCAGCUUCAAAACUGUGAUGUUGAUUUUUUGAAAAAUGUCGAAGCUGAUCAACUCGUGAAUUUUCCAUCAUCAUCGGACGCAUUGGAGCGCACUGUAAAAUCUGAUGAUCAAAUUGAUAUGCUCCUCACUGAGGUUCAGCAGUUGCCUCUGGGUGCUGCAGAUGAUGCUUCAUCGGCUUCUGCUCCUGCUGAUGAAACAAACAGUUCAGAUGAUGAUGAUGACGUAGCUCAACUGAAUCGAGACUUGAGGAAGAUGGCAGUAAGAAUUUUGGCCGAUAACUGUAGUUUGAGAAAAAAGAUGAAUUCGGUUAGUCGUAGGGCUUUGAGAUUGCAACAGUUGUCUGAACACAACAAAUGA